GCAUUGUGACAGGUCAAUGCCGGAGAUUCAAACAAGGUAAAAAGAAAACAAUUGAAGGGGAAAUUCCCUUUGUCUCUCUUUCGUAGACAUAUAUAUUUCCUUUUCCCUUAUAAUCAGCAUGUCAUUCUUUGCCGGUAGUACGCCUAUGCGACAACAACAAGCCAUCAAUCCUCAAAAUAUCAUGAUGGCUGAACAAGAAUUAGAAAUGGUCACUGAUCUAUUCAACCGUAUAUCUGAUUCAUGCUAUACCAAGUGUUUCAAUAAACAAUACGAACAAAACGAACUUUCUGGUCCGGAAUCUAGUUGCAUCGAUACAUGUGUCUCCAAGUUUAUGGAAAUCAAUACCAAAGUUGGGGAAAAAAUGCAAACAAUGGGUCAACAAUAGAUACUUAUAGAAAUAGAAAUAGAAUUUUAUAUUAUUAGUGAUGAUGGUUUUGUAAUAACUCAAAUUUAUCUUGUAGAUUUUUUUUAUUAUAUAUAGAUUGGAUUCAAAUAAAGAAAUGAUGGACGUUAAUCAGGUGUAUUAUAGAAGGAUGAUGGCUGAUGAUUUAUUUUUCCUGGAGGAGAGGAAGGGAGUAU